AUGCGAAGCACAUGUGUUCAUCUGAAUGAAAUUGAAGCACAGACAACGCCAGCGAAUGGGAGACUUCUUCGUUGUCCUUCAACUCCAGGAUGGUGGAGCAACCGUUGGAAGAAGAGACCAACGUCUCCUGCGGGGGCGGGGGCGGGAGAACACGGCCACAGCGACGGGAUCCACCUGGCGUCCCUGAGGUGGCAGGAGGUGGGCGCCUACUUCACCGUCACCGCCUUCGUCUUCGUGGCCGGAUUCACCAAGAUUGGUUUCCACCAUUUGCACUGGUUAUCGAAUACCGUCCCGGAGUCGUGCGUAUUGGUGAUUCUCGGGGCGGCUCUAGGCCUACUGGUCUUCUUCACCGAGGAUGACCCGGCGGCUGGGGCUUGUGAUUUCAACAUUCCUCUCCCUCACUUUACCUCGGAUAUGUUUUUCUUCAUAUUGUUGCCGCCGAUCGUUUUGGAGUCGGCCUAUUCCUUACACGACCGUUCCUUCUUCGAUAACCUGGGAACCGUUCUAGUGUAUGCCGUUGUUGGAACGAUGUUCAACAUUUUCGCCAUUGGACCAACGUUGUACGGCUUGGCUGGCGUUGGAGCCAUGGGCAACAUCACGCUCAGCAUGCGCGAGUCCCUGGUCUUCUCGUCCCUGAUUUCGGCUGUGGACCCAGUGGCCGUUUUGGUCAUCUUCCAGGAACUUGGGGUCAAUAAGGACCUCUAUUUCCUCGUUUUUGGGGAGUCUCUGCUCAACGAUGGCGUGACCGUCGUCCUCUACAACACGAUGAACACUUUCCUCUCGAUGGAAUCCGUGCCCGCUGCCCAGUACGCCCUGGCCAUCGUGGCCUUCUUCAUCGUCGUGUUCGGGGGCAUCGCCAUCGGUAUCGUCUACGGCUGCCUAACGGCCUUCAUCACGAAGUCAACGACGGAUGUCAGAGUGGUGGAACCUCUAGCGCUGUUCUGUCUGGCCUACCUGUGCUACCUGACGGCGGAACUGUUCCACUUCUCAGGAAUCAUCAGCCUCAUCGUGUGCGGAUUGGUACAGGCCCACUACGCUUUUCAAAACAUCUCCCAGAAGUCCUACGCUUGUGUCAAAUACUUCACAAAGAUGGCCAGUGCCACGAGUGACACCAUCAUCUUCAUGUUCCUGGGAAUGGUGCUGGUUAGCGACGACCACGUUUGGCACACUGGGUUCGUCCUCUGGACCGUGUCUCUCUGCCUCGUCUUCAGGUUCAUUGGCGUGUUCCUGCUGACGGGGAUCAUGAACCACUACCGGAUCAAGAAGAUCAACAUCGAAGAGCAGUUCAUCGCCGCCUACGGAGGACUCAGGGGCGCCGUGGCUUUCUCCCUCGUGCAGAUGCUAGACGACCACCUCGAGAGGAAGGCCAUCUUCGUCACCACCACCCUCGUCGUCAUCCUCUUCACCAUCUUCAUCCAGGGAGUGACAAUCAAGCCUCUGGUGAACUUCCUCCAGAUCCAGCGAAAGAGUUCGGACAGGAAGAACCUCAACGAAGAGAUCAACGACACGGCGAUGGACCACAUCAUGGCUGGCAUCGAGGAGGUUCUGGGCCAGCACGGAGACUUCUAUCUCAGGGCCCUGAUGAUCUACUACAACGACAAGUACCUGAAGAAGUGGAUGGUGAGGCCCUCGUGCGAGACCAAACUUCAGAGGCUCUUCGAGAAGAUUGCAAUCUCCGAGCACUACGCCCAUCUCUAUGGCCCGGUGGCCAUGAUCGAAGACCACGUCAAACCGCUCUGCAAGACCGAAGUGGCCCGGACCAAGUUGGCCCGUUCGAACUCUCUCUCUCCUUCUAUGAAGGAACAGGUCAUGAUGGAGGCCAGCAUCAUGGACGACGAUGACACGGGUCUGGUCCAAGAUGGCGUGCAACUCCGCAAGAAGAGGACGGGCUCCCUGUCCAUCUUCACGGGCGUCACAGCUCCCGUCGGGUGGGGUCCGUCGACCGGAGCAUCAGCAGCGAGGCUUCCACACCACCCGCACCAGCUGGAGGAGGAGGCGGGGGUGGGGGCGGAGGGCGGCGACCGGGACUCUUCGGGGACUUCGGAGGCGCUGAAGAGGUCGCGGGAGGCGCGGCAGACGCUGCGGAAGGCCUUUAGGGACAACCCUUAUAAUAAGCUGCACUAUAAAUACAAUCGGAACUUAGUGGACGAAGAGGACCAGGAACUGAGCGAACACCUUCAGAGGCGGCACCUGAACGCCCGCAGGAUGACCAGCUUCGCCUCGGGAUCCCAGAGCUCAGGGUCCUUCAUCGUGACGUCCUCGAGGCCGAAGACAGAAUUCUACUCCUCCGAAGGGAGCAGAGAAGGCACGGGAGGGGGAGGAGGAGGAGGAGGAGGCUCCGCAGGAGCAGGAGGAGGCGGAAGAAGGGCGCUGUACGACGGCGUUGCGGAACUCCGCGAGCGCCACCAGCGACGCCGUCACACUAUGGCCCUCCGGAGACGGACGUCCCGUCCUCCGCUCCAGUCCUGCUUCUCGUCUCCCGAGUCCAGCAGCUCCGUCGGGUCCUCGGCGCCCCUACCGCCCCCCGUGACCCUGAACACCCUUCGGGAGACGUCCCCGCAGGAUUCCGACGUCUUCCUGACGGACGUGACGACCUCACCGAAGGACGUCAGGUCCAUGAGUAGGAUGGCAGCCAUUGGGGGUCUGGGGUCCUCAGCGGAAAGGGAGGAAGAGGAGGAGGAGGAGGAGGAGCUCGCUCUCAUCUCCUCCAGGACGGAGGAUUUGGAGGAGACGACAGAGACGCAGGAAGGGGAGAAGAAGGUUUAGUCUUGGGUUCAAUUAGACAUUUUUAAAAAUAUUUUUGUAUCAUUCAAAAGUUUCUCGUAGGUGAAAAUUAAGAUGAUUUUUUCUAAUAUACAAGACGAGGAGGUUUAGGAUUCAUUUAGACAUUUAAAAAAAAUCUUUUGUAUUAUUCAAAAGUUUCUAGUAGUGAAAAUUGUGAUGAAUUUUUUCGAGAUACACAAGACGAGGAGGUUAGUUUUUAUUUAGACAUUUUUAGAAAAAUGUUUGUAUAAUUCAAAAGUUUCUAGUAGUGAGAAUUUCAUAAUUUUUUUCUAGUUACACAAGACGAGGAGGUUUAGGAUUUAUUUAGACAUUUAAAAAAAUGGUUUGUAUAAUUCAGAAGUUUCUAGUAGGUGAAAAUUGUAAUGCUUUUUUUCUUGACAGUUUCUAGUUAGUGAAAUUGGGAUUAUUUUGUCUAGAGACACAAGACAAGGAGAAGAUUUAUUUUUUUUGGUUUAUUAUUCAAAAGUUUCUAGUGGUAUUAAUGAAGACGAAGUUUAGUUACGUGUUUUAUUUAGGCAAUUUAAAAAAAUUCUGAUUAACCAAAAGUUUCUAGUUGGUGAAAAUUGUGAGGAUUUUUUUUUAAAGAUACAAAUUCAGGCAAUUUUUUAAAUGGUUCAAAAAGUUUCUGAUUAUAUUAAUCAAGAACAGAAGGUCUAGUUUUGGGUUUUCAUUCAGAUAAAACAUUUUAUCAUUCAUUAUUUUCUAGUUGAUGAAAAUUGUUAAUUUUUUCCAAGACACACAAGUCAAGGAUACGCUCUAGUUUUGCCUUUUAUUUUGAUAAUUUUUUUCAUAAUUAUUCAGACGUUUCUAGUUGAUUAAUGCGAUUAGAAAAAGCUGCAUUAUAAUUUUUAUAUAUCGCAGAUACCUGAAGCAGUAAUCGUAUAUUUCUACCAUGUGAGAUAAACUCAUUGUUACUUUUUGUUUAGAGUAAGAAAUUCAGUUACAAAGCUUUGUAAAAAUUGUGAAUUCCAGACGGACUUAUAACUCACAACUGACAUAUUUAUUUUCGUUUAUCCAUCAUAUUUCAUUUCAGAUGAAAUCUCCUUUAUACCCCUCGUACGAGACCAAUUGUCAUCAUAAUCAUCUCAUUUCUGUCACAAGUGUGAGUUAGAUCUCACGUUUUCGGUGGGUAAGGGACCCAAUGCCUUAUGUUCACGGCUGUCCUGUUAAAUAAUAAGCCUUUUACACAUGUAAAUAACUGUAAGUAUCUUACCUCUCAUACCUGAAGAUCCCAGUAAUAUUUUUUCCUUCUGCUAUGAGCAUUAAAUGCCAAUUUUAUAUAUUAGGGAAACCACUGCAAUUUUAUAACUAAGGAGCGAAUGUCGAUUGCCUCAUCAUUAUGGAAUCCAUAAUGAAAAUAUUUCCGUGAUUAUGGAACUGAAGCUAUGUUCCUCUUAUCACUAUGGAAAAAUGACAGUUCAGAGCUGUGAAGAUGGUUGCAAUUAUCCUGUCGAGAAACGUUUUGAUUUUUACCAUAAACGAAAAAUACUGAAUGAAUUAUGCCUGAGGCAAGACAGUGCACCGUGAGUCUGUGUCUUAAUCCAUUUUUUUCGACAUAAGUUUAAGGACCAAAUGAAUUUUUUCUUGAAACGUUUAAUUAACCAAUUAUCAUUUUCAUCUCAAGAAGGAACCCUAGUCUCCACUGACUGUGAAUCAGAAUAGGUAACCCGGUGUUUUUAAUAUAACUAAUAAAAACUUAAUAAUGUUUUGUAAUAAUUACGGAAAAUUCAUGAUUUAGGAAUUCACUGUCAUUUCACCAUGAUGCAGGAGACUUUUGACAUAUUCUAAUCGACAGGAAUCCGCUGAAAGUUUGUAUUAUUCGGGAAUAUCAUGAAAUUAUUAUUAGGAUUCAACAACCUACUGUCAUUACUGAUUUGGACCCCAAUAUUGCUUCUUAGAAAGCCUAGACAUUUCUACCGUGAUGUAAUCCAGACUAAAUAGGAAUUUUCCAGUCAUUUUCUGUGAUCCAGGGAUGUCAAGGUCUUUCCAUUUGUGAUACAGAUAACCACUGUCAUUUACCCAUAGUUCCAGAAUGCCAUUAUUGUCAUUUGUCAUUUUUUAAAAUUAUAGUAUAGUCUUUCCCCAAUGUGAUUCGGGAACCUACUCCCUGUACAGUGAUUUAACAAAGCUAUUUAUAGUGGAUUAAGGUAUCUUUUGAAAAUUUAUUUUUGUCAUUGUAAUAUAAUCGUGAUUUAGGGAGCUAUUAUGAUUUUAAGUUUUCCAUUUUUUAAUGAAGAUAAAUUACUUUUGUUUUUUAUUGUGAUUGAGGAAUUUACUGUUAUUUUUACCAUACAAUAAAGUCGUGAUUUUUCUAUAUUUAAGCUAAGAGUCUAAUGUCAUGUUUUUGUUAUAUUUUGACAACUAAUUAUUUAUGCUUUUUCAACGAAUGAGGAAUGUCAUAAAAAUGUAUUUUUUUAUUCAAAACCUAUAACAGUGCUGUAUGACAUACAUGUCAUAAAUUAUCAUAUAAAUGUCAUACAUUUAUAAAAUUAAUGGUUUUUGUGACAUUCUGGUGUCAUAAGUUUUAAAGAAUUGUAUUCAGAACUCAAUGACAGUUUUGUAUGACAUAUGAAUGUCAUAUAUUUAUUACUGAUUUAAAACUUAUUAUUUUUUUUUGCGACAUACAAGGUUACAAGGUUAGUUUUAAUUUAUUUAAGCACAAAUUAAUGUCAUACAUUUCAGCACUGAAAUUUAUUCAUUUUUAUUGGUUUCGAAACCAAAUUGAUGUUUUGAUAUGACUCAGAAAAUCAUAAUUUUUUUUUAUUGAUUUAGGAACAAAUUGACGUUUUGAUAUGACACAGAAAAUUAAACAUUUAAGAAAAUUUAUUUUAGAACCUGUUGACAACUCCGGUGAUAAAGGAACGCCAUUCAUUUUUAAUUGAUAUAGGAAAACAAUUAUACUUGUCCAUGACUUAGAAAAACAGUGAACUUAUGAUGGUGAAUUUUUUUUUACGAAAAUUAGGAACU